UUUUCUUUUCUAUUCACGAAAAAUACCAUUACGUCACAUGUUGGGUCAUCUACCCUCGUAGUCGCAUAGUCCGUCCUCCUUUGUCGGUUCGCUACGAUACCUGUUGGGCGCGCCAGCGAGUGCUUCCCUUUCUCGACUUUUCUUCUUUUUUUUUUUUUGGUAUCUCUUACACUAUUAUUAUUGAGAUCUGAAAAACUUGCAGGUCCUGGUCUGAGUUUUGCCUGGAGCUUCGGAGUUUUGUAUCGUUUUCAUGGCCUAGACUCUUCAUAGUCCUCUUCACCAGUCCUUUCUCACCUCCGGUCAGUGGUCGUAAGGAACCCCAAAGGGCCGCAAAGCUGGAAGGCGACGUCGAUUGACACAGGCUGGGUAAGGGCCGAUGAAGAGGACAAAGGGGAUUCGUAACCCUAGCGGAUGCUUCAUUAUGACCGACCAAGAAAAAAAAAGGGGGCAAAAUUGUAUGGAGUUCUUUGUCUACACUAUUGGUGUUGGGUACCUUUUUACCAUACCUGUUUUCUUGCUUUUCUUCUUCUGCUGGCUUGUUCGCCAGUGGUGUCGAAUUUGGGUUUUCGGACUGAAAAUCAUGGUUGAAAGGGGCGACGAAAUUAUGAGGUACGAAAGCGCUGCGAAAUUGAAAGUCAAAAUACCGAGUCUUCUUUUCAGGGUGUGCGGUGUCGGAAUAAUCGCAAAGGGCACACAAUUUCACCGCGGCGUCAUUGAACGUGUGACGAACAUAUUGGGCACACGAAACAAGUAGGGGUACGGUUUUGUAGAGCUAAAAUCAGAAUACUGGCCCACUUUAAACAAGAAUUGUUGAUUGAG